AAUGCGGCUAAAGCCAUUAAGAGUGAUUCGAGUAGCAAGGCUCCUGUGGAGGAACCCCCUGCUGCCCCAUUAGAGCCUGAGGACCCUACUUCCCCCUCCAGCCACCCCUCCCCGUCCCCUCCUCCUCGGGAGAAACCAGCCAGGAAGAAGGCCUCCAAGCCACCAAAACCUCCAAAGGUCCCCAAACCUCCCAAGGUCCCCAAAGCGAAGGAGGGAGGGAAGAAGAAAGGAAAGAAAGAGAAGGAAGUCCCUGCUCCUCCUCCCCCCCCUCCGUCGAAGCCCUCCAGCCUGGCAGCUCUGGAGUCUCACGCCAAGGACAUCCUCAGCAAGAUGGACCAGCCCAAGAAAGGAAAGAUGGGGGGCAAGGCGACUAAGAAUGUCCUGAGCAUGUCGGAAAAGGACACCUGUAAGCAGAACGACCUGGAGAAGUUUGAGAUCCGAGAACAGAACAAGAAACAGACGGAAGCCAAGUGGAAAUAUAAGAACAGCAAACCAGAUUCCUUACUGAAGAUGGAAACUGAAGAGCACAAGUUUGAGAGAACGCCACUAUCAGGCAACAAAGACAAGUUUUCAUUCUCAUUGACACACAAGAAGUUACUAGGUUCUAAGCUGAAGCCCCAGACCAACUCCAGUGUGUUCAGCUCGUUACAAAACCUAAAGGAGGACAAGACCAAGCCGGUGAGAGACGAGUACGAGUACGUGUCAGACGAAGGAGAGUUGAAGAUUGAUGAGUUCCCCAUCAGGAGGAAAAAGAACGCCGUCAAGAGGGACUUAUCCUUCCUGUCAAACAUCAAAGACCCAAUCCACCCAUCCAAGAAGCCAAAGCUCCUCCCCUCUGCUGUCAAG